ACCGUUGCCAGAUUGUCGUACUCAGCCUCUUGCAUUUGCCGAUUUCUGACCCCAAAACUUUCUCCUCCAUCCCAAUAACUGGCUUCAUAUACAGUAACCGUUAAAAUGGUUAAUUAUUAGUGCUUCCUGGCAGUGGUUAUGGGUCAGAAACCGGUAAAUACGAUGCUCUGAUUAAAGUGAAGGUGGCUCCAUGGCCGCCCGGGGUAAGUUGUUUACGUGAAGGAGCUGACAAGAGCCGCUGCCUGCCCUGCCUCGCCCUGCCUCACCCAGCCUGCGGUAGUGGCCCCCCCUCCGCCGUGUGCCCCUUGACGCUCUAGUGGUGUAGACUAACCCCUCUAACCCGUCCCGAUGCCUAGAAUGAGCAGGAAGUCGUCCUACUCUUACCAUGGAGCCAGCGAAGUACUGGUGGCUCCACACAGCAACAUGGCUCAGGGGGGCAGAACAGACCUCUUUCUAAAGUCCAGAUUCUGCACCCAAAUGGAAGUGCUUUCAAAUCCUCAGCUGGAUCCACCAAGGCAAUAAUUAACAGGUGUUGCACAGAAUCAGGUGGCGAGAGGUAUGUGGCAAAGACCAGACAGUAGCCUCUCGCACCGCUACAGACGAACUGAGGUGCAUGGAAUCACUCCACCUGGUAUCACUUAUUAAUCAUGUAUUGCUUCAAGUCUGUGAGAGUGAAGAUGGCCAGCGUUUGAGGUUCCAAGUGGAGCUGGAGUUUGUUCAGUGUCUGGCAAACCCCAACUAUCUCCUCUUCUUGGCCCAGCGAGGCUACUUCAAGGACCAGGCCUUCAUCAACUACCUGAAGUAUCUGCAGUACUGGAAGGAGCCUGAGUAUGCAAAAUUUUUAAAAUACCCCAUGUGCCUUUACUUCCUGGACCUGCUGCAGUAUGAGAACUUUAGGAAGGAAAUAGUCAAUGGGCAGUGCUGCAAAUUCAUUGAUGACCAAACGGUGCUGCACUGGCAACACUACUCCCGCAAGCGCAUGAAGCUCCUGGAGACAGGGGCCAACCAGCAGGGAUCCCAGACUCCAGUGUCACAGUCCACUGCGGCGACCGGCAACCCCACCCCCACCACCCUCCCCUCAAGCCUCAUAAAUGGUCAUGGCCAGAUACAAAAGGUGUGAGGCCAGGCCAGGGAGUCCCAUGUAGAAGAUAUUUUAUUUUCGUGCCUCCCCCAAAAAUUGAAAAAUCAAGAAGGCAGCGGAGAUUAAUUCUUUAAGGUGGCCACCAACACCAACACGAUGGGGGACCGAGUCAUUCUAAGCUACCAUGA